UUUAUAUACGUUGCUUCCGUCAAUGGUUCUCUGCAGUUCUUCUCAAAAGGAAAACCCUUUUUUCUUCUUUAUAGUCUCCUCUUUUUCCACAUUCCAAAACUCAGUAACAAAACUAGGAAGCAAAUAUAGCCAUGGCAAAACUUGGGAAGCUAACAAAGCUGAAGUCCGCAAUAAAAAGAUGGCCAUCUUUAACGAAGCUCACCCGCAGCAGCAGUGCCAUAGCGGCUGCAGAAUGCGAAGACAAGUCAAUCCCAAAGGAUCUUCAUGCAGUUUAUGUUGGAAAGUCGCGGCGCAGAUACCUGGUAGGGUCUGAGAUCAUCUGCCAUCCUCUGUUGAAAGAGCUGAUUGAUAGAUCCUCUGGUGGUGGUAAUGGUAUUGAUGGUAACGAUGAUGAUGGUCAUGAAGUUGUGGUUUCUUGCGAGGUUGUUUUGUUUGAGCACUUGCUUUGGAUGCUUGAGAAUGAUGGGGCUCAGUUGGGCUCCAUGGAAGAGCUGAUUGAGUUCUACACUUGCUAAUGAAAGGGAAGAAAAACACAAAUCUAAACCCUUUUCAAAGUUGUAAAAAGAUUUAGAGCCAUGAAAAAAAAAAAAAAAGAGAGAGAGAAACCAAUAAUGAAAAUCAAGUAGUAUAGGCAGUUAAUUUAGUGUUUGUUAUGUCCUUUUGGGACAGUGAGAUUAACCCAUUUGAUUUUACUGCGGGAUGAUGUUGCUCAUCAAGAACUCACUAUGAAAAUGGUUGAGAAAUGGAAAUUUGGCUGCUAUUCAAUCUUCAAA